AUGGGAUGUUCAUUAUCAUCAUCAUAUCCAUAUUUGUGUAAUUAUUAUCUCCUCCUUUCCCUAUGGUUUGGAUUCAUAUUUGCUCAAACCAACAACUACUCCCUAGUUUUCACACGGUGUCCCAACCAGACAAUCUCCGCCGCAUCGCCGUCGCCGCUCCUGUCCUCUCUCUUCCAGGAGCUCGUCGACAAGUCUUCCGAGACCACCUUCUUCCACACCUACGUCGGCGACGACACAACCGCCAUCUCCGGGAGGUUCCAGUGCCGGCGCGACAGCAGCAACCGCGAUUGCCACGCCUGCGUGAACCAGCUCCCCGGAUUCUCCGCCGCUUUUUGCGGUCAAUCCGUUCCCGCUAGGGUUCAGCUCUCGGGAUGCUACAUUCACUACGAAGCCGAGGAGCUCGGAGCCGAUCCGAGCGCGCCGUUCCAGCUGCUGCACAGCGCGUGCAGCGAAAAGAGAGGCGACGAACGGAGCCGGCGGUUCGAGGAGCUGCGGUACCAGGUGUUGGCUGAGCUGGAGAGAUGUGUGAUGAACGGUGAGGAUGAGAUUGAGAACAGCGAGGAACGCGGGUUUUGUAAGCUGAGGUAUGAGUCUAUGCACGGCGUGGCUCAGUGCGCGGGGAACUUGGGACACUGUGAGUGCGGCGAAUGCGUGAACAUGGCGGCUCAAAUGGCUCAGGAUGAAUGUGGCUACUCGGCUUCUGGGGAAAUAUAUUUGGACCAGUGCUUUGUGAGCUACAAAUAUGAUCAUGGAUCUGGAAGCUCGAACGGUAGGUUGGUGGCAAUCGCAGUGGGAGGCAUAGUUGCUAGUGUUAUUGUGGGAGCAAUAUUUUACUCUUUGGUUUCACGGGGCAAAAAAUAUGACGAUUGGUGAUGGAUUUCUUUCUUUCAAUUCGUUUGGACUUGCAAUACGCGGCUGCGCGCGCUGUCUCAAGAUCGUUAAUCUUCUAGAAUACACAAAAAAUUAUAUAUAGUUGUUACAAUUUAGGUCUGUUAGAGUAACGAAUUUUAGGUUGUAGCUAUCAAAUAUCAUUGUUUUGUUAAUAUAUUAAAUUGUUUAUUGGUUAAGAAUUAAGAUAUAUGCAUUUUCAGGUGAUUGAAUUUAUGAGCGCUAUUAUA